GAAAGAGAGCGCGCGCGUGUGUGUGUGAGAGAGAGAGACUGGAUAUAGGACAGGCAUCAAACGAAGGCUCUCCUGCAGACUGGUCGGGAUCCCUUCGGCCGUCGGUCCUUCAGACGCAUCAGCAGAGAGUUGCUGAAGACGCUCGGCAUCACAGAGGAAGGGGGAAGAACUGAGACACUCACAGAUCCCGGGCUUGGUGGCUGCAUGCUCAGUUGUCCUCGACUUGAAGAAGAACAUCUGUACUAAGCAGGAAUCAUGGAUUUUGUAAUGAAGCAAGCUCUAGGUGGGGCCACCAAAGACAUGGGUAAGAUGUUAGGUGGGGAGGAGGAGAAGGACCCGGAUGCAGCCAAGAAGGAGGAGGAGCGACAGGAGGCGCUGAGGCAGCAGGAGGAGGAGAGGAAAGCAAAACACGCCCGCAUGGAGGCAGAGAGGGAAAAAGUACGGCAGACCAUCAGGGACAAGUAUGGGUUAAAAAAGAAGGAAGAGAAGGAGGCGGAGGAAAAAGCGGCCAUGGAGCAAGCCUGCGAGGGAUCGCUGACACGCCCGAAGAAAGCGAUCCCGCGAGGCUGCGGAGAUGAUGACGAGGAAGACGAAGAGAGCAUCCUCGACACCGUCCUCAAGUUUCUGCCUGGACCUCUACAGGACAUGUUCAAGAAGUAAAACUAAAAAA